AUGGAAGCCCUCGGGCCAUCGUCGAUGACCCGACCUAGCGGCUCCUACGGCUCCAGCUGGGACAACACGGGGCUCCUCGGGCCCGCAACCACAAAGCGAACUGAAAGGGGAGAGGAAACAAGAGACGAGGGGACGAGUCAAGAUCAACUCGCCGACAGGGUCAAUCUCGGCUUCGUCGAUUGUCUAGUACUCAUGGUAUCAGCCAGUCCAGGGGUUUUGCUGGCACAUAGUCGUGAAGUUCUGAACGAUGACGGACGGACUAUCGAACCAGACAAUGAGAUGGACAAGAAGGAACGCGAUUCGGGCGAACCAUUCUCGUCAUAG